AUGUUUCUCCAAGCAGAAACCGCUCAGAGGAAGACUUACGUUGUCCAUAUGGAUAAAUCUGCCAUGCCUUUACCUUACACUAAUCACCUACAAUGGUACUCUUCCAAGAUAAGCUCUGUAACAGAUCCCAAAUCACAAGAAGAAGAAGGUAACAGAAUACUCUACACUUACCAGACCGCGUUUCACGGAUUAGCUGCUCAGCUUACAGAACAAGAAGCAGAGAGGCUCGAGGAAGAAGCUGGCGUUGUAGCUGUGAUCCCUGAGACAAGGUACGAGCUUCACACCACAAGAAGUCCAACCUUUCUUGGUUUAGAGAGACAAGAGAGCGAGAGAGUUUGGUCUGAGAGAGUCACUGACCAUGAUGUGGUGGUUGGUGUUUUAGACACUGGGAUCUGGCCUGAAAGCGAGAGCUUCAACGACACAGGCAUGUCCCCUGUUCCUUCCACCUGGAGAGGAGCUUGUGAAACCGGUAAAAGGUUCUUGAAACGCAACUGCAACAAGAAAAUCGUCGGCGCUAGAGCUUUCUACAGAGGAUACGAAGCUGCAACAGGGAAGAUCGACGAAGAGCUUGAAUACAGAUCGCCGAGAGACAAAGACGGCCACGGGACACACACUGCAGCCACAGUAGCUGGCUCACCUGUAAGAGGAGCAAAUCUUUUAGGAUUCGCUUAUGGCACAGCUCGAGGGAUGGCUCCAAGGGCAAGAGUCGCUGCUUACAAAGUCUGUUGGGUCGGAGGAUGUUUCAGCUCUGACAUACUAUCAGCUGUUGAUCAAGCCGUUGCUGAUGGAGUCCACGUCCUCUCUAUAUCUCUAGGUGGUGGGAUCUCAACUUAUUCAAGAGACAGUUUGGCUAUAGCAACGUUCGGAGCCAUGGAGAUGGGAGUUUUCGUCUCGUGUUCUGCUGGUAACGGAGGUCCUGAUCCGGUUAGCCUCACGAAUGUUUCUCCAUGGAUCACAACGGUUGGUGCAAGCACAAUGGACAGAGACUUCCCAGCGACAGUGAAGAUAGGAACUAUGAGAGCUUUUAAAGGAGUGUCUUUAUACAAAGGCAGAGCAGUUUUGUCCAAGAACAAACAGUAUCCUCUUGUUUACUUAGGAAGGAACGCGAGCAGCCCUGAUCCGACAUCGUUCUGUCUAGACGGAGCUCUUGACAGGCGCAAUGUAGCGGGAAAGAUCGUGAUCUGCGACCGAGGCGUCACUCCACGUGUGCAAAAGGGUCAGGUUGUGAAAAGAGCUGGAGGAAUAGGGAUGAUACUAACCAACACGGCGACAAACGGCGAAGAGCUUGUUGCAGACUCUCAUCUGCUUCCAACAGUUGCAGUGGGAGAGAAAGAAGGUAAGCUGAUCAAAGAGUACGCAAUGUCGACGAGCAAGAAAGCAACAGCGACUCUAGAGAUUCUUGGAACAAGAAUCGGAAUCAAACCAUCUCCUGUUGUAGCAGCGUUCUCUUCAAGAGGUCCCAACUUCUUGUCCCUAGAGAUCUUGAAACCUGACUUGCUCGCUCCUGGAGUGAACAUUCUCGCAGCUUGGAGCGGAGACAUGGCGCCGUCGAGUUUAUCAUCCGACACAAGGAGAGUCAAGUUCAACAUCUUAUCGGGAACUUCAAUGUCGUGUCCUCAUGUAAGCGGCGUAGCUGCAUUGAUCAGAGCAAGACAUCCAGAUUGGAGUCCCUCAGCGAUCAAAUCAGCUCUCAUGACAACAGCUUACGUACAUGACAACACGUAUAAGCCUCUCUCAGAUGCAUCAGGAGCAACUCCUUCGUCUCCGUAUGAUCACGGAGCUGGACAUAUAGAUCCUCUGAAAGCCAUGGAUCCUGGUUUGGUCUACGACAUUGGACCUCAGGACUAUUUCGACUUCCUCUGCACUCAAGAUCUAAGCCCUUCACAGCUUAAGGUGUUCACAAAGCGUUCAAACAGAUCUUGCAAGAACAGUCUCGGUAAUAACCCGGGAAACUUGAAUUACCCGGCCAUCUCUGCUUUGUUCCCUGAGAACACACGUGUUAAAGCUAUGACGCUUAAGAGAACAGUGACCAAUGUUGGUCCUCGUGUUUCGAGCUACAGGGUCUCUGUCUCUCCUUUUAAAGGCGCGUCUGUUACUGUCCAGCCGAGAACACUCAACUUUACUAGGAAACAUGAGAAGCUUUCGUAUAGUGUUACUUUCAGGACCAAGUUGAGGAUGAAGAGGCCUGAGUUUGGUGGUCUUUUGUGGAAGAGCGCUACGCAUAGAGUUCGUAGUCCGGUUGUAAUCACAUGGUUGCCUCCUAUGUAG